AUGAAUUUAGAUUCACCAAACUAUACUUCUGCACACGCAAAGCGGCAAAUGUUGCUGAUGCCUGUUGCAGCAAUACGGACAAAAAGUUCAGCAAAUUACUUGUGCAAGACAACAGCGAACAUAACCAUGAUUAAGGCUUUGUUAGAGAGAAUAGCAAUGCCAAACUCAACUUGUAGCAAUCGUCUAUCGAAAGAGCAGUUUAAGGAACUAAUUGCAAUGAGUGAUUCAGACAACCAGAGACACUGCUUGAGAUUUGCAAUUGGACAGGCCACUGGUGCUUCAGCAAAAAAAAUGAGACAGAAGUACGGAGUUGAAAGCUACAAUGUUAAGGUGAAAGAAGUGAAACAGGCUAUAAGCCAUGUCCAAGAAAUUCGCCAAGGUAUUGAGCAUCUAGCAAACAUUAAGGAAAAAGCAACUCUGAUUGCUUUUGGUCUGUCAACAUUUGAAGAUUCCGACCCAGACAGUUCUGGAGGUAGCAAGAGUGACGCAGGAUAG